UUAGAUGGUCGCUGGAGUCAAUAGCGUAGGAGGGAUUUCGCCACAGGUGACCCAUUGUUCUACUCUUACCGUAUCAUCAGAUGUCAACGAAAGCGGGAAACUUCUUAUAGCGCGCGAUAUUACGCCUGCAUACGUUCCUAGUCAGCAUGUUACUUCUCAGGUGCACUCUACUACUCAACAGCAACGCACGCUACCAGUAUCGGAGGGCUCAGUGGCGCAGUCAACUGUAGCAGGAGAGGUGCCCUCGGAUACGCCCCACACACAACUAGUACAUUCGCAGAAGGUCUGUGUGCAGUUCCCGACCGGGACAGAUAAAGGAACGUCAGUUGAAACUGAGCAGCCAGCGCCAGCGCAAAGGCAGCAACCUGGAUAUGAGUAUGCGGACACAACGGUACAUGCACAGGGCCAUGUACACACGCAGAUGGAUGGAAGCUCACAACCGGUUAUGGACAGCUAUGUAGAUACCAUGUCGAAGCCACUCACAUACACAGGCGCUGGUGUGCAUGCUCAGGACACAAAUGUGCAGCAGGGGACACUCGGGCAAACUCAUACACAACUACAAAUACAAGCACAAGCACAAGCACAAGCACAAGCCCAAACCCAAGCCCAAGCACAAGCCCAAUCGCAGUCACAGGCACAACAACAAGCACCCCCACCGACACGGAAACGUGCCACUAUCAGUGUAACCAAGCGUAUCAAUUCCAGGAACAGUGUGAGUGCCAACGUAGACAGGGAUACAGGCAAUCGCGGGAGACAUCAGCACAGUAUUGCAAGUACCACCGGUAUCACUCAGCCAAGCGCUGCGACCAGCAUAAGUAUACACACGCACACAAACAAUGGCGUAAACAUGCAUACACACCCGCACACACACACACACACACACACGCACACGCACACACAAACACACACGCACACGAGGAGCAGCCUCACAGAGGUACCUCCGAGAGUGAAUGGUGUAGAGAAUAGCAAACCUGUCCCAAUGGUUCCGACGGGAAAGCCGGCGCUGUCUGCCUUGGAAUACGAGAGUGACGAUCCGAAGUUGGUGGAUCAUUCUGAGUGGGGGUUCGGAUACGGGAUAUCGGACAAUGGCGACUUAACUGGAGUGGAGAGUGAUGGCGGACUUAGCACGCCUAUGACGGCCAUGACCAAAGAGGAGCUGCUAGAGCGUCGUGUCAAAGUCUUCAAUAGGCUCAAGGAACUAUACGCAAAUCAGAUCGAGCGAGUACAACAUCUGUACCACAAAGAGUACUUUCGAUGGGCUGAGGGUGAUUCUGACGACGAGAUUCAAUACGACGACCGUGAGACUAAAGUCGUACCACAUACAGGUUCUCAUGCGGAAGCACUCUCGAACGGACAACCGCGUGACGGUACUGACAAUACAGGAGAACGGAAGGAAUGUAGUAGGAAAAGGAAGUUGGAAGACAAUAUACGAAGUUAUAAACGUCGACGCGGAGUUCAAGCACAGCUCGAGAUGCAACGACAGAUGCUCAAUGAGGUGCGUGUGGGCGCUCCGGUUACUUGUGCCUUUUCCACUGUUUGCACAACCGAGAACAUACCUACACUUGCCAAUACACCAAGUCAUGCGGGUACGAGUGGGGAUACACAUGUAGCACACUCACAACUUGCUGCACCGAGAUACUACACGACAGAGAAGGUGCACAAGUACCCGCACGCUACGAAGGUCAAGUGCACGCGCGCACCUAUCACUGCCAGCCGCUACUGUAAGCGGCACAUCGCAUACGACACCAAGCAAGUGUUGUAUGUGCAGUGUGGAUUUGACACUUCUAAAGACGUGCUUUCGCGCUACGAUGCCAUGUGCGAGGGCGUAGAGAAGCUUCCUUUGUGUGACAGGCCUGUGCUGCGUUUCCCUGAAGGCCAACGGUGUGCUGCGCAUGCACGAGCGUUUGAUUUUCCGCUAAAGUCGGGGGAUGAGAGUGAGGGCAAGCACACGGCUGGUGGCGGAGAAACGAGGAGAGAUGAUUGUACAGAAAACAGUGCUAAUACUAAUGGCGGGGAUACGAGCAAUGGUGUUAGUUCUAAAGACGAAGCUGGUGAUAUAGGUGGUGGUGGCAGCAAGAAUACCGAUACCGGAGACCGUCAAAUUACGGAGAAAAGCGGUGCUAGGGAUGCCAAUACUUUAGGCGAGGGUAGCACUCUACACUAUGAGGGAGAAAAACCCACUAUCAAAAACAGCGCUAUGAGUGAGCCGGUGGUUGUUACGACUGUGAGUGCUGACAGGGGUAUGUCUGUGAAGAGAUGUGAUGAGAAUAGCGAGACCACACACAUUGUGGGUGGUGAACGUAGUAACAGUAUGGCCUCUGCUGUGACGAACACAAUCACGACCACCGGUGAUGCGGAGAAGGUUGGUACAACCAGGGAUUCAAGUAGGAGUGGCGGAAUUGUUUCUGUUGUGAAUACUGUUGUAGACGAGCAAAGCACGCAGGUGGCCCAUAAUCUUGCUAGUGCGAGUGCGAACACCCGCCAGACAAUCACAAGCAGCACUAAUGGGUGUGGCGCAAGCAACUAUAAGCCUGUUGUCGCAAGUACCGCAAGUCUUGCAAAUGAUUGUACAACGGGAGCUGACUCAAGCGCAUACAGUGCUGUUAUUUCAAGUAACGACGCAGUCUGCGUGACCUCGCGUGAGGACGAAGGGAAUGUGAGAAGAGUGUAUUCAAUAAGUUCUGAGAGAUCCACAAGAAUUUCCAGAACGACCGAAUGCAGCACUGAUAUGGCAGAGGAUACAGAAAGCGCUAAUAAGAGAACACUAGAGCCCGAGAGGUUGGUGGGAGGAGUAGGCCACGCGUCCGGUGUGGGUCUGCAAUUGACAGUGGCUGGCACCCGAGAGAAUGUGACGCCUGGGUGAGCGAGUAUAGGAUAAAGAUAUACUAAUAAAAUUAAAAAUAC